CCUCGACAAAAACGUUGGUGCACUUCUGUGUGUGCGUGGAAGUGCGUGCGUGCGUCCGCUCAAGUUUUGCAAGCUCGCCUCUUUUCAGCGCGAGGACACACGCCACAGCUCUGACGGAGCCGCGCGGCUCUCGACGUCUCUGUAGGACUGUGCUCGGGAGGAGGGCGGCUUUGUUUUCUUCUCUGAGCCCGCAUCUGUUCCGCACCUCCAUGCCCGACUCCUCCGCGACCUGGAAAGCGCGCUGUCCCUCCGGCCCCGGCUGCUGACUUGGAAAACAACACGGAGAGAAGAUCCAGCAGAAGAGGCUCUGCUCCUAAAACUGGAGGAAACUACCAUCAGUCUGGUCUUUGAUAUUCUCCUGCACACUUGUGCGAGUGAAGACUGGCGCUAUGAGAACUUUCCCGAGGAGUCUGGUCUGGAUGCUUCUCUUGUUUCCAAACCUGAGAUGUGACGCUGAUCCAGGUCUGUCAGCUGAUACAGAUGGUCUGGCUGAAGCUCAGAGUGGUUCUGCACCUACGGUUGAAGGUUAUUUCCUGGAGUUCCAGGAGCCAGUCAACAACAUCACCCACUUCCAGGGCGAGACAGCCACGCUGCACUGCAAAGUGGCAGGGAAUCCACGACCUUCCAUCCGCUGGCUGAAGAAUGACGCCCCUGUGGUCCAGGAGCAGGGACGCAUAACCAUCCGCAAGACAGAGGCAGGAUCGAAGCUCCGUAUCCAGGACCUGGACACUACAGACACUGGCUAUUAUCAGUGUGUCGCCUCCAACUCACUCAAGGUUAUCUCUGCCACAGGCGUCCUAAUUGUCAAACUAGUACAGAUGCCCACGCAUGGCCCCGAUCAAAAGUCGCCUGAAAAAGGUUUCUGCCAGCCGUAUCGAGGCAUUGCCUGUGCUCGCUUCAUUGGGAACCAGAGCAUUUAUGUUGAGUCCCUGCAGAUGCAGGGGGAGAGUGAAAACCGCAUCACAGCUGCUUUCACGAUGAUUGGCACCUCCACCCACCUGUCAGAUCAGUGCUCCAGGUUUGCCAUCCCAUCCUUCUGCUACUAUGUCUUCCCUCUGUGUGACGAGGGCUCUAGGAGCCCUCGGCGGCGUCAGCUUUGUCAAGAUGAGUGUGAGGCCCUGGAGAAUGACCUUUGCCAGGCUGAGUACACCAUCGCCCGAUCCAAUCCCAUGAUCCUCAUGCAGCUGAAGCUCCCCAGCUGCCACUUGCUGCCACGGCCAGGCACGCCUGAUGCUGGUUCUUGUAUGCGGAUAGGAGUGCCAUCAGAAAAACUAGGUCCAUAUUCCCCUUCAGACCACAUCUGCUACAAUGGAAGUGGGGCUGACUACAGGGGCACAGUCAGCAUCACUAAAUCUGGUCACCACUGCCAACUGUGGAGCGCUCAAUACCCUCACAGUCACCAUCUGUCCCAGGAGUACCCUGAGCUCUGGGGAAGUCACAACUUCUGUCGUAACCCAGGAGGCCAGAUGCAGGCACCCUGGUGCUUCACCUUGGACCCUCAGGUCAGGAUGGACCUCUGUGACAUCCAGCCCUGCAAGCCUCCAGAGAACCCCAGGACGGAGAUCCUGUUCAUUCUAAUCCCUGCAAUUGCCAUCCCACUGGUCAUCGCUUGCCUCUUCUUUGUGGUUUGUAUGUGUCGCAAUAAGCAAAAGGCUUCGACUGACACACCACCUCGCUGCCAGCUCAGCAGCUCACCUAGCCAGGAGAUGGGUCUGUCUCUCCUCACUCAGCAGAAACACCAGGCCAAGCUGCGGGAGAUUAAUAUGUCAGCAGUCCGGUUCAUGGAGGAGAUUGGGGAGGAUCGGUUUGGCAAGGUUUACAAGGGCCACCUGUAUGGCACCACACCUGGUGAGCAGACCCAGGUGGUGGCCAUCAAGACAUUAAAAGACAAGGUUGAUGCCACUCUCUGUGAGGAAUUUCGUCAUGAAGUAAUGCUCCGCUUCAACAUACAGCACCAAAAUAUAGUUUGUUUGCUGGGUGUGGUCAGCAAAGAGCAGCCAAUGAGCAUGAUAUUUGCCUACUCCGGCCUUGGUGACCUGCAUGAAUAUCUGGUGAUGCGCUCCCCCAACUCAGAUGUUGGCAGCUCAGAUGAUGACAAGACAGUCAAGUCGACGCUGGAGCAGGGUGAUUUUCUUCAUGUUAUCACCCAGAUUGCUGCCGGAAUGGAGUACCUUUCCGGCCAGCAAGUUAUCCAUAAAGACCUUGCUGCCCGAAACAUUCUAGUCUUUGACAAACUUAGCAUCAAGAUUCUGGAUCUGGGCCUGUUCAGGGAUGUCUACUCUGCUGAUUACUACAAUCUCAUGGGCACAAGCCCUUUUCCCAUUCGUUGGAUGUCCCCAGAAGCAAUUAUGUAUGGCAAGUUCUCCACCGACUCUGACAUCUGGUCUUACGGUGUGUUGCUGUGGGAAACUUUCAGUUAUGGUCUGCAGCCAUAUUGUGGCUACUCCAACCAGGAUGUGAUCGAGAUGGUCCGCAACCACCAGCUACUGCCUUGUCCAGAUGACUGCCCAGCCUGGAUUUACACCCUUAUGCUGGAGUGUUGGAGUGAAUUCCCAGCAAGAAGGCCUCGCUUCAAGGACAUCCACACUCGUCUGCGCUCCUGGGAGAGUCUGUCCAAUUAUAACAGCUCUGCUCAGACUUCUGGCACCAGCAACACUACACAGACCAGCUCUCUCAGCACCAGCCCUGUUAGCAACAUCAGUAUGAGCACAGCAAAUGCAUCACGCUACACCAACACUAAAAAGAGCUCGCCAUUCCAUCAGCCCCAGUUCAUGCCCAUGAAGGGUCAAAUGCAUCGGCCAAUGGUGCCCCCGCAGCUCUACAUACCUGUCAAUGGAUAUCACCCCAUGUCAGCUUACCCAUACCUACAGAACUUUUACCCCAUGCAAAUACCCAUGGCCAUGCCACACCAGCAGAUACACCACCCACCACAAAUUGUUACCAAAGCUGGUUCUCACCAUAGUGGCAGUGGAUCCACAUCUACAGGCUAUGUCACCAUUGCCCCCUCCAACACUUCUGUCACAGAGCGAGCAGCUUUACUAAAUGAGAACUCCAAGAUCAACGAUGAGGACUUGGCUGACGGGGCAUCCCAGGCAGAGCUAGACCAAAACGAGGACUUGUCAGUGCCGGAAACAGAAUUGCUGGGUGAUAAUGACCCUCCACAGACUGACGAAUUGAUGGUCCACUUGUCAGACACAUAAGUGUGGUGCUGUUUGAAGGACAGUAGAGCUAAAAUACUGUGUGAGCAGUGCUUCCUUGCCAAAAAUUCAAUGAGCAGCAUAAAGUGAAAGGAGCAAUUUUGCAGAACUGUGACUGAAUGUUUUUUUUUAAUGAGUUUCUUAGAUAGUACUGACAGUACUGUGUCUCAUGUUUGUAUCUCUUACAUGCCUGUGUUAAUUAUUAAACAAAAUUAAUAGUACAAUUCUCAUUCACUGGGAUUCCCUAAGGGCAGGCUUCAUGUCCCCCGACCCAUCUUCCCACCUCAGAUAGGACUUGCUAAUUCAGCAAGAAUGAGAUGAUCCCUCACCCUCUUCCCACCCACUUACAAUGCCAGUUGUGUUUAUUACAUGUACAACCAAGCCAGAAGUAUUGCCACCUGAACCCAGAAAUGAAACCAGGUGUCUGUAGUGGUGGACAAGUGCUUAGCUUGUGUGCAACUCGUGCACUCAUUAAUGACAAUUAAAUGUUGUUUUUUAGGUUAUUAUUUUGUGGUUUGUGAAAGUCACAAUCAUACAACAAUAGAAUUCCACAGAGAUUUAUUUCAAAACUUACCUCCAUCAAACAAAACAAAGAAUAAGAACAAAGAAUCUUGUUGAGUCUCUUUCUUUUUUUUGAGAGAUCUGUAAUUUAUGUACUUUGAGUUGAACAUUUUAUUUGUUUAUAGUUUUUCUUUAUUGGUGAAGAUUGCUAAGCUUAGUGUCAAUACAAUGUCCUUUCCACCGAGUUAGCUCUGUUUAAGUAGUUUUUUGCUUACCAUACAUUGUGUACAUCCAUCUAUGGAGCAUCCAAUAAAGUCAUAUGAAUAAAAUGGUGUAUUUACCCUCAGUAAGAGAAGAAAAUCAUGUGCUAUCACUUGUUGAUUUUGUUUUGUCAUCAUCUGUCACUAGAGGUACACUGUACAGUCAACUUACACUAAGGCCAAAAAUAUACUUUGUAAUGAAGAAAUACAUUUAUUGCUCAUACUAAUAAAGGAAUCCAAGGGAUCAAA